AUGACAGCAGGGCAUUGGAGGUAUGUCUUUGGCACUGCCUCGUACCUCCGCAAGCCGGAGCGGGAGAGGAUUGCGGCACAGGUCAAGACAUUUGAUGCCAAAACAGCCUGCUUUGUGGCAGAUCUAAAGAUGGAGUAUGUCAAAGGCAAAAUCAAGAGCCAAGACAUCUCCAAGGUCAUAGUGGAGACUGAGGAUGGGAGGGUUGUCACAGUGAAUCCGGAUGACAUCAGCCCCAUGAACCCUCCUAAAUUUGCCAAGAUCGAGGACAUGGCCACGUUGACCCAUCUCCAUGAGCCAGUCGUGCUGUACAACCUCAAAGAGCACUACGCUGCCUGGAUGAUCUAUACCUACUCUGGGCUGUUCUGUGUGACUGUGAACCCCUAUAAGUGGCUCCCGGUCUACAACCCAGAGGAGGUGGCUGGCUAUCGGUGCAAGAAGCGCAAGGAGGUCCCACCCCACAUUUUCUCCAUCUCUGAUAAUGUCUAUCAGUUUAUGCUAGCAGAUCGUGAAAACCAGUCCAUCCUUAUCACUGGAGAAUCUGGUGCAGGGAAGACUGUAAACACCAAGCGAGUCCAGUAUUUUGCCACAAUCGCAAUGGCUGGAGGAAGUGAUAAGAAGAAGGAAAUCAAUGGAAAAAUUCAGGGAACCCUGGAGGAUUAAAUCAUCCAGGCCAACCCUAUGCUGGAGGCUUUUGGGAAUGCCAAGACAGUGAGCAACGACAACUCCCCUCGCUUUGGAGAAUUCAUCCGCAUCCACUUUGGAACAAACGGGAAGCUGUCCUCAGUUGAUAUUGAGACUUACCUAUUGGAAAAAUCCAGGGUAAUGUUUCAGCUCCUAACAGAAAGGAGUUAUCACAUCUACCAGAUCAUGUCCAAUAAGAAGCCUGAGUUAAUUGAGAUGCUGCUCAUCACCACCAACCCUUUAUCAGUCGGGGAAAUAACAGUGCAAAGCAUCAAUGACACAGAAGAGCUCAUGGCCACAGAUAGUGCCAUUGAUAUCCUAGGCUUCAAUGCAGAGGAGAAACUGACUGGUGCUGUGAUGCAUCAUGGGAACAUGACGUUCAAGCAGAAGCAGCGUGAGGAACAGGUAGAGCCUGAUGGCACUGAGGUGGCUGACAAAGUCACCUACCUCAUGGGCCUGAACUCUGCUGAUUUACUGAAGGCUGUGUGCUUUCCCAGAGUGAAGGUCGGGAAUGAAUAUGUCACCGAAGGACAGACAGUUCAACAGGUGAAUAACUCCAUGGGUGUCCUGUCUAAGGCAGUGUAUGAUAAACUGUUCUUGUGGAUGGUGACCAGAAUAAACCAGCAGCUAGACACCAAAUUGCCCAGACAGCAUUUUAUUGGCAUUCUGGACAUAGCAGGCUUUGAGAUCUUUGAGAUGAACAGCCUGGAACAGCUCUGCAUCAACUUCACAAAUGAGAAACUGCAAUAGUUUUUCAAUCACCACAUGUUUGUGUUGGAACAGGAGGAAUACAAGAACGAAGGAAUAGACUGGGAGUUCAUUGACUUUGGUAUGGACUUGGCUGCCUGCAUUGAGUUUAUUGAGAAGCCAAUGUUUUUUUUCUCCAUCCUUGAAGAAGAAUGAAUGUUUCCAAAGGCAACAGACUGCUCCUUCAAGAACAAACUCUACGACCAGCAUCUUGGAAAGAACAGCAACUUCCAGAAGCCCAAGUCUGCCAAAGCCAAGGCAGAGGCCCACUUCACCCUGGUGCACUACGCUGGCACUGUGGACUACAACAUCGGUGGCUGGCUGGAGAAGAACAAGGACCCACUGAAUGACACUGUGGUACAACUGUACCAAAAAGCUGCCCUGAAACUAUUGUCUCAGUUGUUUGCAACGUUUGUCUUAGUUGAUGCUGAUAGAAACCAAAGAGGAGCAAAAAAGAAGGGCUCCUCUUUCCAGACUGUCUCUGCACUUUUCAGUGAAAAUCUUAUAUCUAACCUGAGUCCCCAUUUUGUGAGAUGCAUCAUCCCAAACGAGACCAAAACACCAGGUAUAAUGGAUAAUCAUCUGGUUAUUCAUCAGUUGCGCUGUACCGGUGUGCUGGAGUGUAUCAGGAUCUGCAGGAAGGGGUUCCCAAGCAGGAUUAUAUAUGCUGACUUCAAGCAAGGAUACAGAAUAUUGAAUGCCAGUGCUAUCCCAGAAGGACAGUUCAUCAAUGGCAAGAAAGCUUCAGAGAAGCUUCUUGGAUCAAUUGAUGUUGAUCACACAUAUAAAUUUGGACAUACCUAUGUCUUAUUUAAAGCCGGUCUGCUGAGAAGGGAGGAGUUGCGAGAUGAAAAACUGGCCUCUCUGGUAACAGGCACUCAAGCACUGUGCCGUGGGUACCUCAUGAGAAAAGAAUUCUCAGCUGGCUAUAAAGAAGUAAGACAACCCAUCAAUUGUGUGUUCAUUCUGCAAUACAACCAUCGCUUAUUCAUGAACGUGAAACACUGGCCAUGGAUGAAGCUGUACUUCAAGAUCAAGCCCCUUCUGAAGAGUGCAGAUAGUGAAAAGGAGGUGGAGAAGAUGGAGGACUUCAUCACAUGUAAGUAGGACCUGGCAAAGGCCAAGAGAAAGGAACUGGGGGAGAAGAUUUCUCUGUUCGUGGAGAAACAAAACCUCAUGUCACAAGUUCAAUCUUUUUCCUGGGAUUCUGAAACUCUUUCGGAUGCAGAGGAGAGAUGUGAGGCUUUCUUUAAAAGUAAAAUACAGCUUGAAGCCACUGAAGAGUUGACCGAGAGACUGGAGGAUGAAGACAAAAUCAAUUCUGAGCUGACUGCCAAUAAGAGGAAGCUGGAGGAUGAGUGCUCUGAGCUGAAGAAAGAUAUUGAUAACUUAGAGCUCACCUUGGCCAAAGUGGAGAAGGAGAAGCAUGCCACUGAAAACAAGGUUCAUUUUUAUAUGAAAUUGCAGUAUCCAUCUUCUGGUCAGGAUGAGAGACAUUCCAAGUUGACCAAGGAGAGCCUCCAAGAGGCACAUCAGCAGACCCUUGAUGAUCUCCAAGCAGAGGAGGAAGUCAACACUCUGACAAAAGCAAAAGCUAUGCUUGAACAACAAGUGGAUGAUCUUGAGGGUUCUCUGGAGCAAGAGAAGACAAUUCCCAUAGACCUUAAGAGAGCCAAGAGAAAGCUUGAGUGUGAUAUGAAACUGACACAUGAAGCCAUAAUGGAUCUGGAGAAUGAAAAGCAGCAGUCAGAUGAAAAACUUAAGUAAAAUCAGAAACUGCUGAAACUAAAAAUUGAGGAUGAACUAACACUGAGCUCCCAGCUUCGAAAGAAGAUUAAGGAACACAAUGUUCGUAUUGAGGAACUCGAAUAAGAAAUUGAGUCGGAGCGCUCUGCUUGUGUCAAGAUAGAGAGGCAGAGGUCUGAUCUCUCCAGGGAACUUGAGAUCAGUGAGAGGCUUGAAGAGGCUGGUGGAGCCACUGCUUCUCAAAUUGAGAGGAACAAGAAGUGUGAGGCUGAGUUUCAGAAGCUGCGUCAAGACCUGGAGGAGUCCACCUUGCAUUACGAGUCCAUCGCUUCCGCUCUUCACAAGAAGCAAUCUUUUGCUAAGAAUGCCCUGGCCCAUAGUUUACAUUCAGCACUUCACGACUGUGACCUCCUCCGAGAACAAUUUGAGGAAGAACAGGAGUCCAAGGCUGAGCUGCAGCGCAGCAUGUCCAAGGCCAACAGUGAGGUAGCUCUGUGGAGAACCAAGUACGAGACUGCUGCCAUCCGACACAGAGGAACUUGA